AGUGCAUAUAAAGCUUCAAAAUGGCGACUGCCUUGGCUCUGCUAUACGAAACUUUGGUGGCUGAAUCAAAGUAUGAAGCCAGGGGAAGCGAAUAUCGCGCGCGUCUCAAGGAUUUGUACACAAACAUGCGAAGGGAUAUGCUUUCCUGCGGGGACGUUGUUAUAAAGGGAUUUAGGCAAAGCUUGAACAAGUAUAUGGAAUCUUUGGUACAAGCAGUGGACAUUGUGGACGCUUUGGACUUGGAUUCGCAGGAGAUGGACGUUUGCACAGGUAUAAGACAGUAUGUGUUUCCCAGGAUUCCUGAGAUUGAUGAGAUCGAUGUGGAGUUUGUAAGCAGAUGGGAAGAGUUCUACAACUAUCCUCUCUCAUUUGGAAGGGUGACCGAGAGGAGCAAGAAGCGACAGAACAGCGAGAAGAAGUCACAGUCCAUGUCCGGGUCCAAGAAGAAAUGUCAUCACGAAUCCGAAGACUCCCUGAAGCAAGUAAAUCAUCCGGUACUAUUGACGGAAGAAGACCUAAAGAGACCCAAAAUGCCAAAACCACCUGAGCCAAUCGUAUCAAAGAGGUCAAGACACACAGAACAUAAAGAAGCCAUGGAGCAUCAGGAGCCUAUAAUGUAUACAAAGUUGCCAAUUUUAAUGAAUAAAAGGGUCGAGUUUAAAGACGAUACCAUUAUAUUUGGACUAAUUCCCAAUGAUAAGCUGGCUACCGAUUGGGCCUCUGUAUCGUCCUGCAAUUCUUACAAUGAUCUCAUAAGACAGUUUCAUGAAUAUGACAACAAAAUACCAAAUGUAGAACAAAAAUCCAAAACAACAUGUAAAAAACAUGCUGAUAUCACAUCUACAGAAUAUUAUACUGCAAAAACUACCUCUGAACAUGAACCAAGCUCUCAAAGCGUGUCUAGUAAUGAAGGGGAAGAUGUUGACAAAAUAAUUGAUGUGCAUGAUUUUUACGACCCUUUGGAAGAAAGGUAUGAGAAACUUCCCGGAAAUUUUAAACAAGAUAUUGACAAUUUUGACCCAGACUCUAUUUUUGGGAACUACUACUGUCCCGUGGACAAGAACGUUCCAGUUCCAAAAUUAGAAGUUCCUCCUCAAGAAGAGGUUGCACCAUCACUCUGUCAAACAAUGAUUACCGUGAGUCAUAUUCAGGUUACAUCGGCCUACACAUGUGAUGCCUCUGGGACUCCACAUGUAACCUGUACAGCAAGGUUCUGUGAACCUAAAUUACCAAAAAUUCCGUCUGAAAUGGAAUUUGAACCCCCUUUGGGGACUUACCAAGAGCUACAACACAUUCUAUCGAGACUAUUCGCCCUAAAGAAGGUUGUAAGCGGGUCUUGUGAAAUAUGUUCCGGUUGGAAUUUGGUACAUGGUUGUACUUUAACAUUUUGUGAAUAUUGUGAGGAUAGACUAUUGAAUUUUAAACCUCAGUUGCUAUUACAGAUAUUUCAAUUGCGCAGGUAUUUAGCCUCCCACUUAUAUGCCGUUAUGGGAUACAAAUUUGAAACUACAAGUCAGAUUAUAAAGGAUGGAGAUUUUAUCAGAGACUGGAGAAAACUUUUAGACCAGCAAGGUGUAUCUAUUCAUUCUCUUUGUGAGAUUGGAGGUUCAUUCCCGAAGGCCUCAAUACAUGACAGCAGAUUUCAGCCAAGUUGUCUUUCACUACCACAAACUAUUUGUAACACCCUGAACUCGUUCCAGUACCCAAAAGUAUUUGUUAAGGCAAAUUCAGAGCUGCAUAGUAGAGUCUUUACUAUAUGUAGAGAAAGACGCAAUGCAAGGGCCAAGUUGAUGAAUGACUAUUUUGAAACUCUUUACAACUACUGUAAUAACACGGAAUCUGAUGAAUGUCCGCAGCAUCUUGCGGAUGAUUACAAUAACAUUUUCAAAAAUGGAUUACUUUUGUCUUCACAGCAUUCCAUUGCCCAGGAAAACACUUAUUUUGAUGAACUUGUAUCAUACUUGAUAUCUCGCCUCCCGUUCGAUGAUCAUCUUUUGAGGUUAUCGUUCUUUCACAAGGGAAUAUACGCGAUUAAACCAAACAACAUGAAGUCAUCCGUAUUGCUCAGCAUUGGAAAAUGCUUUGGAUUUUCUGAAAACGACACGGAGCUUAAGUACAAUUGGCAUGAAACAUUGCAAAAGAGCACAUUAAAAAAGGGAGCGGGCUACGCUUUGCAGAGAGACACUACUGGACUUGUUGCUCAUGCACUCAAAAAACACUCUUGCCAAGCGCUUCACACGUUGGGUCACAUUGGAUUUUUGCAAGGUUUGCCAUCUCCCAUACUUUUUGAUAUAAUAGAGACGGGUAGAGUGAAGAUUGGAUUUCCUACAGCUUUGGAGAUGCAUGUUUUGUCGAUUCCCGACUCUGUUUUGGAUCCAUGCAUGUAUGGAGAUGUUGGUAAAGGACUUGUGUAUUCUUUGCCGGUACUUUUGCAGAAUUUGUCUCUUUUGGGUUCGAUUUUAAAGAUUGGCACGAGUAGCAGUGGGAAGAAAAGGAAGCCUACGAGAGGUAUGGCGGAAUCCGAGACUAGUGAGAUGUAG